GCCACCACGACUUCGCAGCGGUAAGACGCGUCGUCGUCGCCUCCGGAGGAGAGGAGAGAAAGAGAGAGAAUUAAAAGGGGAGAAAGAUAACAAAACACGCAUUCUCCGCUCGUCGAUGACGACGAGGGUAAUGGCCACUGUGCGGCUCGCGGAGUGGUAGGUGGCCCGGCCCGGCGCGUCUCAACGUCUUCGCCGUGUCCCUCUCGCUCCGGCGGUUAAUAAAUCGCGCUCGCAUCGACGCGCGCGAGUGCGAGUAAACGAACGAACGAACGAAAAGGAAAAGAGCCCGGGAUUCGGGAUUCGCUCGUCGAUCUCGCGCGAAUCGUCAUCAGUUGUGAAUCGUCGCCCCGCGGUCGGUCGCGCUCGCGCUGCUCGCGGCUAUCCCCCGAGCGCUUCUGCAUGGUUUCCCGGUGAAUAGUGCGUGCGGAUCACAAGUGCCAGCGGCCAAGUGUUGUACGAGUAGUACGAGAGCUCUAUGUGUGCGGCCCGUUGUCGAGUGUGCGUUGUCGCGCUGCCGCCGCUGCCGGCGCUCGGAUCCCUCGUCGGCCACGGACGGUGGAUUUAUCAGGCGCGGCGUCGUCUCCCCUAGACGCGUUUUCGGACCUUGCCACCCCCUCGACGCCCUCGCUCCCGUGCCACCGACGACGACGACGACAACGAGGAGGACGGCGGGCUCGUCGACUUGCGAGGCGAUCGAUGUUGGCUUUUUCGCUUUGGUCACUUGGAUAUUCUCACUCUACUCCGCUUUCCAUCACUUCGGUCCAAAGGCGCGGAAUAAUUCGAGAACAACGGCCCGCUUCGCCUCGCCUCGUCUUUUGCAGAAAACAAUCCUCCGUUAUUAGACGACUGCAAUAAGCGUAAUUGCCGGCCCGAAAGUAACGUGUCUGGCACAACGUUGCGAAAGAAUCGUAAAGGAGGAACGGAUGACUGCGAGCACGCUCGUGUCCCAAUUAAAGAAAUGGAUACGGUAAUUAACGCGAAGCCGCGUCGGCGACUAGGAAUAAGGACCAAUUCGGCGCGUUAAAUACUCCCCGGCGAUUCACGUUCCGGCCGGGGCUCUCGCAGAUCUGGGAUGGCCUUCUGGGAGCAAAAGUGGCAACGGCAACAGCAGCACCAGCAGCAACAGCAGCGAUAUCGGAUCAAACUCAGUUAACAAACCCGUGUGUCGUCGCCGUAUCGGUCGCGCAAGUAGAUAGAUUUUAAAUCGAGUCAGCUGCGGGACAACGGUAACGAAGUUAACGCGGCAAAAUAAUCCACGGGCGAUUGGAUCACGUAUUCUGUAUAUAAUGGAAGAACGUGAAGCGAGACGGUAGUGGACCCCGAGGAUGGUGGGUGCCGCGAGGAAGAAAUUGAAUCUUGUCUUUAUACGUCGCCUAAUCGCUCGACGCAUCGCAGACGUCAAGGGAGAUUCUAUCUGAUGCGGGACACGGAAGAAUGUAGAUACAAGUAUAGUUACAAGGGAAACGCUAUUAACCCCAUCCUACCCCAUUCGAAAUCUUUCACGUGUACAUCGACGGUAUCCACGAUCGACCGCGAAAGCACAGGCUAUAAAAUAUAACGCAACGCCGACGUCGUGCCGGGAAUCGUGCCGGAUGUCGCGAGGAAAGGGAGUGACACGGUGAGAGAGGAUUCAGAGACAGCCGAUCCCAGGAAUGUGACACGUGACAGAAUUCCGCGUGAGGAAAUCUACCUUCGAGCAGCGACCGUGGAACGAGAGGGAAAGAGAGGAAGGUGCGGGAUAAUACGACGAAGACUCAUCCCGACAAGUGUCCUUACGGAUUCAAGUUUCCUCCUCGACGUCCUCCUCGUCGCGAAGCGGCGUUGACCCUGUUAUGGAAUGAACCGAUGCCCGGACGGGGCAUUUAAGUGUCCGCGAUCAUCAUCCUCGAUACGAGCAUCAUGACCCCGAUGAUGCGGCUGCUCCUUCUAUCCGCUCUACUGGCAAUACAAUCCUGCUCGACCGUCUGCUCGGCGAGCAGCGAUGGUGGACCCAACAGCCCGAUCUUCAAUCUGGAUCACACCGCUCUGGAGAAGAACCUGGCGGCGAUCUUCAAUAAGGUGGCGCAUAGUUCCGCGACCACGAAGCGUAGCGUGCCGGCGUACGAUGCUCAAGUGUCGGCCAGCACAACGUUGUCGACGGUACCGUCGCCGUUAACCACCAGUACGAUCACCAGUACAACCACUGCCAGCCCGUCGAUACCCGCUAUCAAAUAUCCUGCGGCGCCGCGGGCCACGGCAUCACCCGUCUUUCGGGAUCUACCGUCGUACGCGCCGCCCUCCAGAGCACUCUUCACGCCACCCCUGCCGCCAGAGUACCUACACCCAUUUGCCGACAAGCCCACGCUGCGAGGUACCAACUCGGACGUGCACACCGGCAACAGGAGGCCGGUACCGCCGCCGAGCUUGACGCCGGCGCACGAGCGGAUACCCAUCCGACCGCCGGAUCUACCUCAGAGUCCUUCUCAGGUGCCGGAGAGGCAUCACACGAGGAACAAACCGGCAAGCGUGCCCGACAGCAGGGAGCAGAGGCCUGCGGAGUCCGGCGAGGCCGAUCGGAAGAACGGCACGAACGAUCCUUCGUUCGUGACCCUUCAUUACCCCAGUAUUUCUAGGAUCUUAUCUGGCAGCAACGGCAGGAAACAGGAUAUUCCUGACAUCCUGCUGAAGCCCCUAGCCACGAAGAGCCCGUUGCUGCCGAAUGUACCUCCCGCCCUAACGACCGACAAAACCACGUCGCCGCCAAGCACCAUCAUGCCGAAAGCGUCCGGCAGUACCACGGAUCCUUCGAAGGUCGCCGUCACGCAGCCGACGAUUUUCAAUCUACCGAACACUGGCCGGCAGGACGACGACGGCUAUCACGGCCUGAGGAACGAACACGGCCUGAAGACUGACAGUAUCGAGAUAGUAGACACAGAGAGACUGCCAUAUCCGCAGGCGCAACCACCGGCGCCAACGCCGAAGCGACCGGCGAGCGCCAACGACGAAGAUGAUCGCCUAAUACCACAGGUUGACACGCAUCCGCUCGAGUCCACGUGGCGGAUCGCCUGGUCGCUGCACGUGUACGUCGCGGCGAUUAUGUUCACGCUCAUGGCCUUGUACUCGAUCUACAAGAUCGUACGUUUCAACGAGGCAACGAAUCUACUCACGCAGUCGUACUUCCUAGCCGUACAUCUGCUACUGACCACAAUCUGCACCUUGAGAUGCUUCCACCUCUUCUACGACGCUUACAAUCUCGGACACUCGCUGCCGGAGUCAUUGUCUAGGGUGCUGAUGUACCUGCCGGCACCGCUCUUGUCCACGGCGUUUGCCACUCUAAUGUUGUACCUCGCUCGGUGCUCGGAGGCACCCUCGCUUAACAACAACAUUCUUUCGCCCGUCACGCUUGUACUUUCGUCCACGGUGCACAUCGUGCUGUGCGUGUCCCUGCAUGUGUCCGCGCAUAUGCUCGGCUAUCAGGACGAGGCGAGGAUUCUGCCGCUCAUCUGUCAGUGCAUCUAUAUUGUCGUCUGCGUCACCUUAGGCCUGUGCUACAUGUACGUGUACCGCGUGGUACGUUUGCAGAUCCACAUGGCUAGCAAUAAGGCGGCCGGCGCGAAUCAUAUAAUGGGCGCCGAUCCUACCACGGUGGCUCUCAGUACUGCCAUCACCACCACUAUCGCCACCGCUUUGUUGUUCAUUCUCAUGGGCUUCGUGCAGCUUUAUGGGAUAUUCGGCGUCCAGGAACGUCCGCCACAGUAUCCGUGGCUCUGGUGGGGCUGGCAGUUCUCCGUCAGACUGCUAGAGCUGUCCGUUUGUGGUCUCCUGGCCUGGGUCGCCAGCCUGUCCCAGUAUCCGUUGCGCGAGAAACAGAUGCAGCAACACUCGGCACACUCGGGCUUCGCUCUGUUCCCCUGCGGCAGUUCCACCUCUACGGAAAACAUGGACGAUGUACUCUACCCCGCUAUAUGCAGCACCAACCAAGCGAUUCAAAAUUAUACCAUGAGAACGGGAAAACAAGUUUACGACGAUAGUUUUCCACUGAAUACUUUGCCCGAGCAUUUGAACAUAUCAGGUACCUUUGAGAGACAUUCCAUCCGCAAGUCAGGUACGAUGGGCCACUUUCCUCACGAAGGUCGGGGUUCCUUGAGUCGCCACGGUAACGGCAUACAGACUCUAAGAAACUCGGAAACUCGCGGGAGGCAUACGCCCGUUCAAGGCCUACACGAACAAGCUCCGACCAGCGGCUCGACGAUGCUAGUCGCCGAGGACGGCUUCGUUAGGUUCCGGAGUCUUGGCGCGGAGGAGGACGAGCUGUCCGAUACGCAGAGCAUGAUCGGCACUCACGGCAGGGGAAGCUCGCUCGCCGGUAGCGUUAGAUACAACGCGAGGCAUCCCACGGUACAGCAUCAGCAUCCCCAUCAGCAUCAGCACUCGUUGCAGCAACACUCGCAUCCGAGUCAGCAUCAAACCCACCACCAACUUUACAACAACACAUAAAAGGCUGUGCCAAUGCGAUAACUAGAACGUGAUUCUCGUUGACUCGACGUAACGUAACGAUCGUCGUCGAUGAAACAUAGGAUAUAUCGACACCCGCGAGAAUCGUCGCCCUCGCAAACUUCGGUCUAA